AUGAGGCUGAAGAGGGAAAAGGAUGGAACACUUGUCGUAAAAGAGAUAGUCUGGGAACACAACCAUAGGCUAACACUCACCCCCCAAAUGCUUGUCUUCUUGCACUCCCACAAAAACUUUGACAAAACAAUCUUGGAGUACGUCAAGUACCUGCAGUUCAAAGGCAUUGAACACGCGCAAAUCAUGAGCAUACUGGGCGAUGACCCCGGUAGCUACUUCCUCGAAAUGAAUGCCAAAUACCCGAUUAACAUCAAAGCAAAGAAUUCAAGGAUGGAUGAUGUGGACGAUGUCCUAAAGACUGUCAACUUCUUUAGGGAGAUGAAAGCGAUAAACAGGGAAUUAUUCUGCGACAUACAACUUGAUGAGUCCGACAGAGUGAAGAAUAUAUUCUGGGCGAACGCAAGCUGCUGA